GAGCUUCCAGCCGCGCCCGCCUGCGCUAUUCUCAUCAUCAUCUCCUGCGGCUUCCCGAGCGCUCUGCAUGUUCACGAUUGACGACUAGACGCCCGUUACGGCGCCUUUCCGUUCGAGUCCUUCCCUUGACAUCUGUUGGUCGAGCCUUUAUGCAUACGAACCGUUUACGAUUCAUCCUUAUAUUCUCGGCGCAAGCCAGCGAUACUGGGGACGACUUUUAUCAUACCGCACCGAAGGCAUAACGAGCGAGCAUAUGACGAUCGAUAGAAGGCGCCAGUCGACGGCCUAACGAGACGAUAAUACUCCCUUGCGCGUUCUCCGCGAGACGCCUGGUGAUCGCACCGCUUCAGCCGCUUCAGCGGCAAGCUGUCCACAGACACCGGGAUCUUUGUCGCAACACAAAUGGCAGCAUUCUCUGCUGUCAAUGCCAAGCUGCCUGUGCCUGCGUCGGAGGACAGGCAGAUGGAAGAGGCAGCGACACCUUCUACUCCGAAGGCUGAGGCGAGCGCGCCCGAGCAAUUGGACCGAGAUGCGCACGACGGCGAAUCGACGCCAAACACGCCUACGAGACAUAGCUUUGGUGGGGUUUUGGGGCAAAGACCUCUACCCAACAGCGCGUUGGAAGCGCCUGAUACGCCGGGAAAGGCCGAAGGAACGACUGCCGUGAAGAGAGACGCCUCGCACCUGGAAGAUGUGGAGAUGGGUGAUGCAGACAACGGCGAGAAUGCAGAAGACGACGGAUCAGACGACGAGAGCGUAGAUGGCGAUGGACAGAGGUCAUCGAAGAAGAAAAAGGGACAACGCUUCUUCUGUACCGAGUUUCCGCCUUGUCAGCUCAGCUUCACGCGGAGUGAGCAUUUGGCUCGGCACAUACGGAAACAUACUGGGGAGCGGCCGUUUCAAUGCCACUGUUCGCGUCGAUUUUCGCGAUUGGACAAUCUGCGCCAGCACGCACAGACCGUGCAUGUGAACGAAGAGAUUCCAGCGGAGUCGCUUGCUGCCACGAGCACGAGAUUCCAGCGACAGAUCCGGACAGAUCGAGUGCGGCCAACUACUAGCCGCUCGCGCGCUUCGACACUUGGAAGCUCUGCGGGCAGCCAUCGCGGCCAUGGUCGCAAUCUUUCUACCUCUAGCAUCGGGUCGACAACCUCGAGUCUGGGUGGCGACGAUGAUUACCGCCGACGACCUCAGCCUUUGGCGAUGGCUGGAAGCGAUCUGGGUGCUCGAGCACGACUGUCGCUCGAGUCUUACAACACCGUCCAUGGAAGUGCUGGCCAGCAGCACAUCUACCAGAACCAGUCUUCGAGCGGGUAUAGCACACCUACUUCCGCAGCGUAUUCCACUGGGGCCCAGAGCCCACGCUUUCCCUCUGGCAUGACUUCGCCAGGCUCCGCCCUCUCGAGAAACUCAUACUACAACGGCGCACGGCACAGCAGAAGGUUAUCCGUUCCAUCAUCUGCAGCCCAUCCAUUCCAGGCGCCGCACCUGAGCUACCAUCAGCCGCCAUACUUCAAUGCUCCGCUUUCAGGGACGUCUACAAGCUUUUCUCCCACUAGCAGCAGCUUUGCUAGUCCAACAAGCUCAGUCUUCUCACAUGGUCGCCGCGAGUCCGAGAGUGAGAUGGAGUACCGAAGGCGGACGUGGCACCCCAGCUCCAACUCGCAGUAUGCACAGCGCCCGGCCACAAGCGGUCUGACAUAUCAUCAGACUCCUGAUGAACCUCGACCAGCGUUUACUCAACAGCAAGCAGCGAGUCAAAUGACCAGACUGCCAGGGAUCGAGAGUUUCGACCAUGCUCCGCCACCAGGAAUACGACCACCACCACCACCACUGCCUGAUGCCGCGAUGCCUGAUGCAUCGCCAAGGCCGAUGAGUUCGAGCAGGGAGCUGCAGCAAGGUUUGACCAGGCUUGAUAUCACUGCUGCCAAUGCACCCAUGGAAGGACAUUGGCAGGCACACCAGACACCGCACCCCUCGCAACUGGUGUACCAUCAACAAGGCCCACCACACACGGCUCAGUACAUCCCGCCCCCCAAACAUGUAUCGAUGCCAGAGCCACCAGUCACCCCACGCAAGGUCAAGCGUAAUGCUUGGUAUGGUGGUCCGAUCACGGCAGGCCAGGCAGUGUCUGGACCUGGUCAGCCCUAUGUGAUUCACCGCCCUUCGCCUGAGGACUCGGGGAGCAGCGAUGGAGUACCAACACCUUCCAUCUCGCAGGUCAGUGAAUACAACCCAGUGAUUGUCAAUCCCACUGGGUUGACAGAGUACCCACCACCCGGGACCGCGGUGACCACGGACGAGCACAAGGUAUACUACAACCCAAGCUCCCACGUACAACACAAGUCAGAUCGUAUCCGGACUGACUCCGGCUACCAGCAAUAUCAGCCUCAUGCAAACCAGCCUGCCCAGACCUACGCCUUACAAGCAGGUCACGACCCGCGCUUCCCACCGCAGCACUAUGCCCCACCACCGAUCAACGAAAUGUCGAAGCUAGAUGCGCUUGUUGCUGUUGCCACGAGUGAAGGCAAUCGCGCUGCGGAGCCCCGAUCCUAGGCAUCACUGCUCACGACCAUGUACGGCAAACUCACGCACACUCAUGCACACUUACGCACACUCACACACAUACACGGACCACCUACAUACUCAAUCGCUCACUCGCACUCACCGACGCACACGAAACUUCCUCAUUGGCUCGAACAAACCGCGUGGUCACCAGGUGAUGCCCUUCUAUUUCUUCUAGUACAACGACCAUAACGAAGCUACGACUCUACUCUACACUUAGCAACGCCGCACACGAAAUGUAUGAAAUGUGCGAAUGAAGCGAACGAACAAACACCAUCAUUAUCUCACGCCUUUUUGAUGGAACGAUCAUGCAUUGUGGAAGGUGGAAGGAGGGAGACCCUUCGACACGACAUCUACUGCAUGAUUAGAUAUUGGAAAGAGAUACGAAAGGAUGGAAAGAUACCCCCUUAGGAUGACCGUUUCAGAAAUUUGCAUAUAGCGUUGUGAUGGAUUUUGGACUUUUCACUCUUGAUUCUUGGGUUCUGGGAGACUCAUGUGACGACGCACAUAUGAAGACUUGCUGUUGGGCAGAGCAAAGAUGAUGGAAGAAGGCACCGCUGGACUUUUGCGUUUCUGAUAUAUUCUUAUCAUUUUGCGUUCUUGGACCGAAGAACCGUAAAUUCUCGAGCAGAUGCGAUUGGUGUUUUUCCGAUAAGUUGAUGGUUGAGAGUGACUUCGAAGACUUCGAAUGGCUGGAACCAGGCGGAGACGUAUUUAAAUGCCAUUUCAUCUCCUAUAUACAAUAUAUUCUACUGUUGAAACACUUGCC